AUGUUCACAGCAGCAAGACCAGAUACGCUAUUUCUAGGAGCGCAGAAGAUUUCCGGGGACGAUGUGCGCACGCAAACGGUGUUGGCAGCGCAAACCGUUGCCAAUGUUGUAAAAUCAAGUUUGGGGCCGGUGGGACUCGAUAAAAUGUUGGUGGAUGAUAUUGGAGAUGUCACGGUGACAAACGACGGCGCGACGAUCUUGGCGUUGUUGGAUGUGCAGCAUCCGGCCGGCCAGAUUUUGGUGGAGUUGGCCCAGCAGCAAGAUCGCGAAGUUGGCGAUGGCACCACCAGUGUUGUUAUUAUUGCCGCUGAGUUGUUGAAAAGGGCACAUGAAUUGGUUCGCAACAAGAUCCACCCAACCACCAUUAUCAGUGGGUACAGAUUGGCUUUGAAAGAAGCCAUCAGAUAUACUAACCUGUGUUUGAGUCAAAGCGUUGAUACGUUGGGUAAGCAGACUUUGAUCAACAUUGCCAAAACAUCCAUGAGUUCCAAGAUUAUCGGCACCGAUUCUAGCUUUUUCAGCAAGAUGGUUGUUGAUGCCAUGUUGGCAGUCAAGACCACCAACAGCAAAGGCGACGUCAAAUACCCUGUUAAAGCUGUUAAUGUUUUGAAAGCUCACGGGAAAUCGUUUUUGGAGUCUGUUCUUGUUGACGGAUACGCUUUAAACUGUACCGUGGCGUCUCAGGCUAUGGUCAAGCUGAUUAAAGGUGCCAAGAUUGCUUGUUUGGACAUCAACUUGCAAAAAGCCAGGAUGGCCAUGGGUGUGCAGAUCAACAUCGAGGAUCCCGACCAGUUGGAGGAAAUUAGGAAAAGAGAAUACGGAAUCAUUAUAGAAAAGAUCCAGAAGAUCAUUGGAAGCGGGGCCAACGUUAUCUUGACCACCAAGGGUAUUGAUGACUUGUGUUUGAAAGAGUUUGUUGAAAACGGAUGCAUGGCUGUUAGGCGUUGUAAAAAGGAAGAUUUGAGAAGAAUCGCUAGGGCCACCGGUGCCACUUUGGUGUCAUCGUUGAGCAAUUUAGAAGGUGAUGAAACUUUUGACGCUAGCAACUUGGGGUAUGCCGACGAAGUAGAGCAGACGAGAAUCAGUGAUGAUGAAUGUAUCUUGAUCAAAGGCACCAAGCAGCAUUCAUCGAGCUCAAUCAUAUUGCGUGGUCCCAAUGACUACACAUUGGAUGAAAUGCAAAGGUCCAUCCAUGAUUCACUCUCAGUAGUCAAGAGGACUCUUGAAAGUGGCCACGUUGUCGCCGGUGGCGGUGCCGUUGAAACUGCCUUGAACAUAUAUUUGGAAAACUUUGCCUCGACUGUGGGGUCAAGAGAGCAGUUGGCAAUUUGGGAGUUUGGUGCUGCCUUGUUGAUUAUACCAAAGACGUUGGCUCUGAAUGCUGCUAAAGAUGCUUCUGAAUUGGUUUCCAAAUUGAGAACAUACCAUGCGUUAGCCCAGAUGGCCAAGACCAGUGAUGCCAAGAGACAAAAGUAUAAAAACUAUGGAUUGGAUUUGAUCAAUGGUAAGAUUGUUGAUGAAGCCACGCAGGGGGUGUUGGAGCCCACGAUUUCCAAAAUCAAAGCAUUGAAGUCGGCCUUGGAGGCCUGUGUUUCGAUAUUGAGAAUCGACACUAUGAUAGAAGUACAUCCCGAACCGCCAAAGGAAGACCCUCACGGACACGACCAUUGA